CACGUGCGUCUCGUACUCGUCAUCGUCGUUUCCGUCUCUCCGUUUCUCCUCUCUCCGUCCCACUGCCGUCCUUUUUCCACUACCGUUUUUUUUUCCCCUUUUUAUCUCUCACUUAUCUUUAUCGCGCUCCCAUUCUCUCUCUCACACGUCCUGUACACCGUGCAUACGUCCGUCUUCCUCAUGUAACACGUCGUUCCUCUUCGUCCUUCGCCCCGGUUCGUCGUCGAACACGCGCACAUUUGGCCGCCACAUGUAGUGCCGGUCACCCUUCGAGCGCACAGUGCACGCGUGGAUCCCGCACACACUCGUACGAAAUCCUCCGACCGCGAACGUGUGCGUGCCGUCGUUUCCUGAACCCGUUCCCUUUUUCACUUUCCGCCGUGCACCGUCGUCCGUUCACCGCCGGAAAACCAUGCGGUUCUUCUGACGCCCGUCAGCGUGUGUUUGUCCGCAGUUGAUCGCCGUCGACGCAUCCGAUUUCCGGCCAACGGUUUCCCACCGGAAAUGAAGCCGCGGCCGCCGUCGUCUUUCCCGCUGGUCACCGCCGCCGUCGUCCUGUUGACCGCGGUCGUCGCGAUACCCGACGUUACCAUCCCCAUCGAACCGAUCGACAACACGGGUGGCAAUCAGUGUUACGACGAGCACAACAUCCCUCAGAGAUGUAUACCUGGGUUCGAGAACGCGGCGUUUGGUCUCGAAGUCGAAGCCACCAACACGUGUGGCGUGGCCGGUCCUACUGAAUUCUGCGUUCAGUCUGGAAGCCAAGUGACCAAGAAGACAUGUGAUGUGUGCACCGAAUCAUCGCAUGCACCUUACUACAUGACCGACUUCAGCAGUUACGCAAAUCGAACCUGGUGGCAGUCGGAAACUAUGUACGAGAACGUUCAAUACCCCAACCAGGUCAACCUCACCCUACAUUUUGGUAAAGCAUUUGACAUCACGUACAUUCGACUUUUGUUUUAUUCGCCGAGGCCCGAGAGUUUUGCAAUUUAUAAAAAAAGCGUCGAAGAUGGACCUUGGAUACCAUACCAAUUCUACAGUGGGAGUUGUAGAGACACCUACGGAUUGCCUGACUUGAAUUACAUCCGUAUCGGCGAACAAGAGACUAGGGCGUUCUGUACUUCCGAGUUUUCAGAUAUUUCACCAUUGACAGGAGGAAGCGUGCCGUUUUCAACGUUAGAAGGUAGACCAUCAGCGAAAUAUUAUGAUUCGAAAUCGGAAUUUUGGGAUUGGGUAACAGCAACUGAUGUCCUCAUCACAUUAGAUCGUUUAAACACAUUUGGCGAUGAGGUAUUUGGUGAUCCUCAAGUAUUAAAGUCAUAUUUUUAUGCGAUUGCUGAUUUUGCAGUCGGAGCCAGGUGCAAAUGCAACGGACACGCCAGCGAGUGUGUGAAGAGUACCGGUCUGGACGGUUCGUCCAGAAGGGUAUGCCGGUGCGAGCACAACACCGCGGGUCCUGACUGUAACGAGUGUUUGCCGUUUUUCAACGAUGCGCCGUGGAGCCGAGCGACCGCAUCGAACGCGCACGAGUGUAAAGAAUGCAAUUGCAACGGGUUCUCUCACCGAUGCUUCUUCGACAAGGAUCUGUACGACCGGACCGGACACGGCGGACACUGUCUAGACUGCACCGGUAACCGGGACGGGACGAACUGCGAGCGGUGCCGGGAGAACUACUACCAGAGGAAAGGGGACACGCAUUGUUCGCCGUGCGAAUGCGACCCGGUCGGGUCGUGGAGCUUGCAGUGCAACGGCGAAGGGAAAUGCCAGUGUCGCGCCGGCGUCACCGGCGACAAGUGCGACCGCUGCGCUGACAAUCAUUUCGACUUCAGCACGACCGGGUGCAAACCUUGCGGUUGCAACGUGGCCGGCAGUCUGGACAACGAGCCGAGGUGCGAAGCCGAGAACGGGAAUUGCAUUUGCAAGGAGAAUGUCGAGGGCAUCCAGUGCAACAAGUGUAAGCCCGGGUUCUUCAACUUGGACGAAGAGAACGAGUUCGGUUGUACGCCUUGUUUCUGUUACGGCCAUUCUUCGGUGUGCCAGUCCGCCUCGGGUUAUUCGAGAGUUUCGGUUGAGAGCGUGUUCGCGAGGGGCAACGAACGUUGGAACGGUUCGGACCAGUAUGGUAGAACAAUAUUGCCGGUUCACAGUCCGUUCAAACAGUCCUUGGAAAUUUCUUCGCCGUCCAGAGACUCCGUGUACUUCCUGGCACCGGAUAAAUUCCUCGGUGAUCAACGAUCCAGUUACAAUCACGAUUUGACUUUCAAACUGAGUAUCGGUGAAAACAGCCCCGAACCAAAAAUAAACGACGUUAUUUUGGAAGGUGGUUCCGGUCUUCGUAUCACACAAGCGAUCUUUGGACAAGGAAACCAAUUGCCUUCUGACACGCCAAAAAUGUAUAAAUUCCGUCUGCACGAGAAUCCGGACUAUGGUUGGCAGCCUAGAUUGUCUGCGCGUGACUUUUUCAGUGUCUUAUCUAAUUUAACGGCGAUUAAAAUACGAGGAACAUAUUCCGAUAGAGGUGUCGGAUUCUUGGACGAUUUCUCACUCCAAACAGCUAGGCGAGGUGCUCCGGGAUUACCAGCCAAUUGGGUUGAGAUGUGUACGUGUCCCGAAGGAUAUAUUGGACAGUUCUGCGAAUCGUGUGCACCGGGUUCUCGUCACGAACCUACUAGCGGUGGUCCUUUCUCACCAUGUGUUCCGUGUAACUGUCACGGACAUGCCUCUAUCUGUGACGCAGAUACCGGACGGUGUAUUUGCCAGCACAACACCGCGGGAGAGAAUUGCGACAGGUGCGCAAAAGGAUAUUACGGCAAUGCACUACAAGGGACCGCUUAUGAUUGUAAACUGUGUCCGUGCCCAAACCAAGGAAGUUGUGUUUUGAUUGGAGAGGAUACAGUUAUUUGUUUGGAAUGUCCCAAAGGAUACGGAGGUCCUAGAUGUGAUAUUUGUAGCGAUGGGUACUUUGGCGAUCCAACUGGAAAGAACGGACCAAUUAGCAUUUGUAAGCCAUGUGAUUGUAAUUCUAACGUGGAUCCAAAUGCAAUCGGAAAUUGCAACCGUACGACCGGUGAAUGUCUUAAAUGUACUUAUAACACAGGAGGACCGCAAUGUGAUCAAUGUUUACCAGGGUAUUUUGGAGACGCUCUUGAUCCCGAGAAAGGAGAUUGUAAACCUUGUGACUGCUAUCAUCUCGGAACUACCGAGACUGGAUUCGGGCCAUUAGCUUGUGAUCAGUUAAAUGGACAGUGCCAAUGUAAGCCACACGUAACCGGAAUAAACUGUGAUCAAUGCGAAGUUGGAUAUUUCAAUAUAGCCAGUGGGGAUGGCUGUCAAUCUUGUGGAUGUGAUCCGAUCGGUUCUGUCAAUAAUACUUGUGAUACGUUCUCCGGCCAGUGCGUAUGUCGACCUGGAAUAACAGGCAAGAAAUGCGAUUCAUGCGAACCGUUCCAUUACGGAUUUUCGGUUGAAGGAUGUAAACCGUGUGCUUGCGAUUCAAUCGGUUCUAUAUCAUUACAGUGUGAUGCAAAUGGGCAAUGUCCAUGUAUGGAAAAUGUGGAAGGAAGACGUUGCGACCAAUGUAAAGAGAAUAAAUAUGAUAGACAAAGAGGUUGUGUGGAUUGUCCAGCUUGUUACAACUUAGUUCAGGAUGCUGUUGGUGCACAUCGUGAAAACUUAAGAAAAUUGGAAAAAGUCUUGAAAGAUAUCAACAACAAUCCAACUGUCAUUAAUGAUGCAGACUUUGAACAGAAGUUAGCAGAAGUACAACUGUACGUGAAUCAGUUAGAAAAAAAUGCCAAGUUGGCUACUGGUGGUAAUGUACCAACAAGUGACAAGUUAGAUUCUCUACAGGAAAAAAUAAAAGAAAUUCAAGAUCUAAUGGCACAAACAAAUAGCUGGAAGGCUACAGCUGAAGAAAAUUCUUUACAAGCAGAAAAAAAUAUUAUGGCUAUAGAAAAAAUGAAUGAGGAAACUGCCAAUACUUUAAAAAAUGCAAUGGACUAUAUUCAAACGGAAGGAGCCACAGCGCUUGCAAAAGCAAUAUCGAAGAGUGAAGAACUUGGUCAACAAAGUGAUCAAAUGUCCGAGAUAGCGAGGGAAGCAAGAACAUUCGUAGAGAUGAAAGAGGAAGAAAUAGAAAAAAUGAAAGCUAUCGCAGAUAAAGCCAUAAACAUAUCCGCUGAAGCUCAUGAAAUUACCAAGAAUGCCAUAAAUCAGCAGAAAAAUAUUAGCGAUGAAUUAAAAGAUUUGGAUACCGAGUUUAACUACGUAAAAGAUAAAUUAUUGGUCGAAAUUAUUGGACAAGCGAAUGAAGCUCAAGAAUCGGUAUCAAUGAUCAAUAACGACUCAUUGACAAUAUACCGUGAUAUUUAUGCAAUCAAUCUACCAGAUAUUAAUUUAGCUGAUUUAAAGCAAAAUAUUUCCAAUUUAAAUGCUGAAUCACAAAAAAUCAAAGACGAUUUGAAAUUGCAAAAAGACAAUGAUAAUAUUGCAAACCUUCUAAUGGAAGUAGCCGAAGGAUUGCAACAGUCAGAGCUUACAUUGCAGCAAGGUGAAUUACAGCAAAAACAAAGAGAAAGUAUCAUGGCCCAAGCAAAUGCAUCUUUUGAAAAAGCAGAUCAAGCAGUGAAGUUAGGCGUCAGGAUUAAGGAAGAAGCUCAGCAAACACUGAGCACACUUCAAGCUUUCGAUAAACAAGUACAAGAUAGUAAAAAAAAUGCCACAGAAGCAUUAGAACAAGUUUCUGAAAUCAAACAGUUGAUACAAGAAGCUGAUGAUAAGACUAUCAGGGCUCAACAAGCUCUAGCUGGAGCCGAAGUAAGCGCUACAAAUGCCAGGGACAUUGCCCAACAAGCACAAAAUACAUAUGCCGAACAAGCAGGAAAGGAAGCAAAUAAGAUUAAAGAUGCUGCUGAAGAAAUGUUGUCUGAAGCUCAUAAACUAAACGAUGAAAGUGACGGAUUAGAAAAAAGAGUCGAAUACACUGCAGAACGCUUGAAAACCGUCGAAAGCCAAUUCGAACAAGACCAGGAAAGCAUUAACGAAGCAAAGACGAAAAUUGGUCAAGCCAAAACAUCAGCAUCUGAAGCUAAGAAAUUGGUAGAUAAAGGGUUAGAAGAUGUUACUAAGAUAUUAAAUGAAUUAUCAAACAUAGUCGAUUUUGAUAGUGAAAAGUUGAGUCAACUUAGCACAAGACUGGAGUCGGUCGAACAGGAUCUUAUCAGUGCUAAGCUAGACGAAAAACUCAUGACCAUUAAUAACGCGAGGAUCGCUCAGGCUCAGUUGAUCAAGACCUAUGAAGACGAUAUUCAAGCGUUGUCCAAUGAUGUUGCCAACAUUGAAGCUAUACGACGAGCGCUGCCGAACGGAUGCUGGAAGAAAACAAACAUUGAAGAAUUGCGUUGAGCAAACAUCAAUGUCAACCGUCACAUUAAACGUUUUACCAUUUAGUCGUUAAUAUUAAGUUAACUGUAAUAAUUUUUAAAACAUUUAAGUCAUUGUAUGUGUUCAUAAAAUCAAAACGAUAGUCAUACUAUAUAAUUACGAAUUGUUCGACCAAUGAAUUAUUAAAUUUAUUGUAAUAUAAAAUAGAUAAUAUGUCCCGAUUUUCACGAUGGAGCACAUUCGUAAUGUUCACUAGUAUAGUACAGACAGCGCACGUGCGUAUUUAUUAUUAAAUAUGUUCAAAUGUCUUAAGAGUAUCCGAAUACUACCUCGGGUUAAUAGUUGAACUAUUAGCAAUAUCGUUUUUGAUUCACCACCGAAGCGAGAACCGUAGGGAUUUCAAGUCCCCGAGAGUUCUAGAAUAAUAAUUUUUAAUGUAAGCAUUUAUUUACCCACGCGUAAGACUUAAAAUAAUAACUACGUCGUCACGAAAUAGAUUUAGAUGAUAAUAAUAAUA